AUGCGAUCCCUAGCGAUAGAAUGGGCCGCGACGAAGCUGCUUUGCGUCGUAGGCGACGAGAGGCUGCGCCUCCCUUCCCUUCGCGACCUUUCGUCGCCUUCGGAGAAGCCGCGCCUCCUUUCCCUCGCGUUGUCACGUCGCCUAGCGAUAGGCGGCGCCGAAACUCCCCUUUGCGCCUGCUUAUCCCCUUCCCUUUUGCCGCCUCGCCAUCUCACAAUCCCACCUCCCCAUCUCGCAUUAUCUCCUCCCCAUCUCCGCUUCCCACCUCGCCGUCUCCCUUUCCCACCUCCCCAUUUCCACUGCCAAGUUCCUUUUCAGCAGCCCCAUCUCCACUUUUCAAAUCCCUUCCCUUCUCCCUCUCUUCCCUUUCGAUCUCCCCUUCCCGCCUCCCCAUUUCCCCUUCCCGCCUCCCCAUUUCCCCUUCCCGCCUCCCCAUUUCCCCUUCCCGCUCCCCAUUACCCCUUCCCGCCUCCCCGUUUCCCCUUCUCGCCUCCCCAAUUCGCGUUUCCGCCUCCCCGUUUUCCCUUCCCGCUCCCCAUUACCCCUUCCUGCCUCCCCGUUUCCCAUUCCCGCCUCCCCAAUUUCCCCUUCCCGCUCCCCAUUACCCCUUCCCGCUCCCCAUUACCCCUUCCCGCCUCCCCGUUUCCCCUUCCCGCCUCCCCAAUUUCCCCUUCCCGCUCCCCUUUACCCCUUCCCGCCUCCCCAUUUCCCCUUCCCGCCUCCCCUUUACCCCUUCCCGCCUCCCCAUUUCCCCUUCCCGCCUCCCCAUUUCCCCUUCCCGCCUCCCCAUUUCCCCUUCCCGCCUCCCCAUUUCCCCAUUUCCUUCCAGGCCUCCCAUUUUAUUCCAGCCCCUUCCAUCCCUUUCCAGCCCCUCCCAUCGCAUCCCCAUGUCGUGCCACCCUGUCUCUCCCUUCCCUCUCUGUGCCACCCUGUCUCUCCCCUUCCCUCUCUGUGCCACCCUGUCUCUCCCCUUCCCUCUCUGUGCCACCCUGUCUCUCCCCUUCCCUCUCUGUGCCACCCUGUCUCUCCCCUUCCCUCUCUGUGCCACCCUGUCUCUCCCCUUCCCUCUCUGUGCCACCCUGUCUCUCCCCUGUGCCACCCUGUCUCUCCCCUUCCCUCUCUGUGCCACCCUGUCUCUCCCCUGUGCCACCCUGUCUCUCCCCUUCCCUCUCUGUGCCACCCUGUCUCUCCCCUUCCCUCUCUGUGCCACCCUGUCUCUCCCCUUCCCUCUCUGUGCCACCCUGUCUUUCCCUUCCCUCUCCAGGCCACCCUGUCUCUUUCCAGCCCUCUCCAUGCCACCCUGUCUCUUUCCAGCUUCCUUCCCUCACGAUGAGACACGUCACUGCCAUUCCAAUUUUAUUCCUGCAAUUCCCUCCCUCUCCCUUUACAGUCUAA